AUGCCGAGGUUGUCAAAAGUGAGGUGGCCAAGUUCUGCCAACACUCUGGCGGUUAAUGUUGUGUUUCGGGAGCCAGUGCAGCAAGUAUUGAAAAAGAUCAAGAAUAAGCCAUUUUUUAAAUGGCCAAACAAGAUGGCAGGAGAGCCUACGAGACGCAACCAAAAUCUUUAUUGCCACUAUCAUCUGGAUCAUGGACACACAACUAAGAAUUGUAGGAAUUUAUGGGACCAUUUGGAACAGCUAGUCCGAGAAGGGAAGUUGAAGCAGCUCUUGCAUCAUUCCAGUGGUCGGGUAAGCCAGGCCGGCUCGGAGGUACAGGGAAGUGCUUCUUUGAGACUCCCUCUUGGCACAAUAAACGUUAUUUUUGCUACCCCGAGGAGGACCGGAUCUUGUCCUUCCAAGGUACUAUCAGUAUCCCGAUCUCCAGCCGAGAAGUAUAGCUCAAUGUCUAAAAAAGUCAGGAUGGACAUCCCGUUGGUUUUGGACUUUUCAGAUGAGGACAAGGUUGGAACCAUACAGCCCUACGAUGAUGCUUUGGUGGUCACACUGAGGAUUGGAGGGUACGAUGUAAGAAGGGUGAUGAUUAACAAGGGCAGUGCUGCUGACAUAAUGUACCCUGACUUGUAUAAGGGGCUGGGUUUGAAGUCUGAGAACUUGGCAGCCUACAAUUCCCCUUUAGUGAGUUUUGAGGGAAGAAUGGUCAUCCCAAAGGGUCAGAUUAGACUACCUAUGCAAAUCGGUACGAAUGUGGUGGAGGUGGACUUCAUCGUUGUAGAUGUUUUCUCUCUAUACACGGCUAUUAUGGGCCGACCUUGGCUCCAUACCCUAGGGGUAGUCUCCUCUACUCUACACCAGAUGAUAAAGUACCCAUCCGGAGGCCAAGUUUUGGAGAUAGUAGGAAGUCAAGUUGCAGCCCGACAAUGCCUGGUAGUAGCUAUCCAGCAUCGGCCAGAGGCGAAGACUUCGGCUACCGCCGAUAAUGGGUUAUAG